CACAUGUGAAAUGUUUCAUUUGAUUUCGGAUGUAACUAAAGAUACCUAUACAUGGAUGGAACGAACGUUUCAGUAAUAAAUGGAGGAAUCCAUAUAUGUAGUCCUGACAAUAGCAGUCAACGAUGUAAAAAAAUUACACCCGUUUGUAGUCAGCAUCAUUCACACGUGAAAGCAUGGAUCACUUGCAUAUAGAAGCAACGUCCGAAGCUUCGAGUGGGGCAGCAUUAAACGGCUACAUCAAACCUGUGAGGAAACGUUUUGAAGGAGCUAAUCACAAUAAGAGUGACGAGGUUGAAAAGGAAAUAGGACAUACAACAGAAAAUGUUCAAUCGACGUCAAACACCUAUGGAGAAGGAGGAGCAAGCGUGAGCCUUUUACCAGAACUGGCCUGUGCUGACACCGAGGGUGUUGCCAAGUUCAACCAAGCUUUCCAAGAAGGAAAUAUUGUGGAUGUACUGGAGUUCCAGAGCAAACUGUUUGAGCAUGUACAAAGUUGGAGUUCAGCGACAUUUAACUGGAAUGCUCAACUAGAAAUCCCAGUGGGAGUAUUUGAAGGUUUAUUGGACGGAAUGAAAGACAGAAACGCUACACCGUUGUAUGUUGCAACAGUUCUGAAGAAACAAGUGGCUGUGGGGUCCCUGAUUCAGUAUUCGGAUGAACAGAACAUUGCCUACUGUAUGAAUAACAUCCAACUCAGUAACUCAAUGGAAAGCGUCUACAUGGCAGAAGUUGGAAAACGCCUGAAAAGCGAACAUUGCAAAUUGAAACCUGCUGUGGUACCUGGUCAUCAGAAAGAGGAAAACGGUACAUGGACCAGAGUAUUUAUUGUUUAUUCCCCAAAGGUGGUGCACGCGACCAAUCACAAAAGAGACGGGAUAGGAUUGGUGAUGAUAAGAAACCCUUACAGGGUUGAUGAUGAAGCCAUGACCGUGUCAAACAGCAAGGAAGUAGACGGUGGUAUUUCCAAACAGGACAUGGAAAGGGCUAAAAAAAGCCAUUGAAUUACACAGCCAGACACUGUGGUGUCAUCACAGCAACCUCAAUAUCAUCAGUGUUUGCUCCGUGCGCUCUAAACUGAAGGGAGCAAUAUUGGAGAAGUGUCUCUGUGUUGUGCUGUACUGUAGUACAAAAGGAGUUGUACCACUGGGAGAAAGAGAAUUUCCCAGAAGAUUGGCCUUGGGAGAAGAUGAUUACAUUGACAUUGAUGUUCGCGAAGGAUAUUUUGAAUAUGGUGGAUAUGAGACAAGAACAAGCAUGAAUCACCAUGAUGAGCUCAAAAUGGGAUGUAAUAUAGGUGCGCUGACAUCACAGGAACAAAAAUUUGGAGGAACACUUGGUCCUUUUGUGCAGUACAACGGUACAAUGAGUUUUCUGACAUGCGCCCAUGUGCUGUUUGAUAUUACUCCACAAUACUAUGUUAACUUCACCUAUAAUGGACUCAAUCGUCUUGACGUCGUGCAACCCGCUACAGGUGCGUCCUCUCCAAGUGGUGACUCUUGUGGAAUUGUACAGAGGGCUAUUUUCAACCCAUAUUUGGAUACCAGCAUUGAUGUUGCCGUGGUGGCCAUAUCAGAUGAAACAAGACGACCCAUUAAAGGGAGAUUCGCUAAUGAUCACAGUUCCAAGUACAUAGAAGCAGGAUUUGACGAGUUACCAGAAUACAACAACGGAGCUGUGUUACUAGAUAUUAAAAGCUUGGGCACAAGCCAGAUGGUUGUCAAAUUCGGAAGUGAAACCCACCUGACAAAAGGUAACUUGAUAAUGAAAGGUGCACAAGUGAAG